AUGCACCACCUUCAUGAAAAUAUUGACCACUCUCAAUGUAAAAUCUACCUGGAACCUUCCACCAUCUUGGGUGACAUCUAUCUUCAGUUGGCAGCUAUGAAUAAGUUUAGCAUUGAUCGAUUGGACUAUUGGUGA